CUGAUUCUCGGUUUUUUUGUGCCUGGACAUGGAUUGACUUGAUACGUGUGAGUUGAGGAGCUCGAGGUUCGAUGAGAGAGGAACGAAUUAUUGCAAGGAUAUCCGUUCUUGCUCGAGAUGCGGUUGACGCCGCAUUUUCUCGGAAGAGAGCAAUUCUUGGUCUCUCGGUCACUGCAACAUCAUACAUACGUAUGUAUGCACUGAAACAAGGCGAGCCAUCGGCAUGCGUCUGCUACUGCUUUUAGAAGAGGAGGAAUAAGUAGGAGGAUUGAAGCAUCAGGGGAUCAUCAUCAAUCAUGAGUCAGUUCGGCAUGGAUGAUGCGGACGGCGAUCGGCCGGUGCGGCUGCCGUCGCAGAUAUUUCGACGUGGGGGCCUGACGCUGGACAACUGGAUUUUGAUCGGACGGUUUCUCUAUCCAGAGGACCUGAUCACCCUGCGAGGCACGAACAAGAUGCUGAAUCGCCUUUUUCCGCACCUAAUCCAGAUCCUGAUGGAUCUGUGGAUCACGAAAGUCGGGUCGGAAUUCCCCCUCGCGGAGCUCGAGACGGACAUGAUGAACUUCUUUAUCGGACCCACCUACGAAAGAGUCUUGGAGCUAAAAAGUAUCGUUUUUUUACGUGACUAAUGGUAAAAAUCUUGAUUGCGUUGUCGAGCGAUGUACUAAAGCAAGAGCGUCGUGGUUUCCUUCGUGUGAUGCUCUGUAGUAAUGUCCAACCAAAAUGACAAUGACUAUGCCGAAACAUAGGUAAUUACAGCGAAGGGAUGGAGCAGUUUCUAGCGAAGAUUAGCGACAAGCGUUUUGUGAAGCCGAUUUGGAGGCCGUACAUCGAGGGCAUCCUGCUGCUGCUCCGUUGCUACGAGUCGAUUCAGCGGGGGCGAGCCAAGGCCAAUCUAGGCUGGUGGUACGACGACUCCAUUUUUGGUAGCCAAGCGUUUGAUCGAAACCAACACGAAAACUUUCAGAAGAUCAAGUACUGGUUCGGUGGCCUGGAUAGCAAGAAAAAGGUACGUAUUUACUGGUUUUUUUUUUGAUUGGAACGAACGAAGAUGAAAAGCGAAAAAGACACCUGAACGUUCAUUGAAAGGCUGCAUGAAGAUAUGUGAAACGACGAGUCGAUAUUUUUCUAAAGCUAUGGCAUUUUUCUUUUCUGCAGGUCCGCGGCAAGGCGGUAGCAGCCAUGGACGAAGCAGAGGAACAGGCUUACGGUGCGCGUAGCCAAACAGCAAAGGUGUUUUCCAGGAGCGACUUCCGAAAAUACUACUCGGUUGGCAAGGGUUCAGCCUUCGAAGACUGGACGUGGCUCGAUUUCCGGGAACUGGAGCCGUCGCUGUGCGGCUCUUACUUGCGCUACACUGAGUUUUUGCGACAACUUCUCGCACAGAAGAGGCGAUCGCAGGAGGCGAUGCUGCUGGAGAGCGCGUAUAGACUCUUCUGUCAGCUACUUUCGGGUGUGUUGUUUUAUCAAGGACAUGAAGAUUGAGAACGAAGUUACAAGUUAUAGAAAAAUUACUCUAUAUCGAUAAUAUCCCAGUGGUACCGACGAGAACUCAGCAUCCUUGACGAACUUGACUGCAG